AUGGCCGCUCCUGCAAAGUCGACGCGCUGGGGUUCCUUUCUUCAGCAGGCCGUUGCCGGCGUGGAAGCGCGGCUCGACAACAUACUCGCUGAAGGCGAGAACGGGUCUAACCUGCUUCAAUCUGCCCAACCUGCCACAGCUGCCGCUAAGGAUCAGCAACCUAACCAGCCUCGAUCUUCGACCAGCAGUCGUACGAAUGACCGCUUACAGGAGCGUCUUGCCAAGGCUAUGGCCGCCAAGAAUCAUCCGUCAUCCGACGCUCGCAGUAUAACCUCCGACUCCCAGAGUGCCCGACCGAGCGCGGACGGAGGCUGUCCUGAAGCCAGUACACAUCAGAAAGACUGUACUGUCGCUACAAAUCGAGACCCGAGUCCGUCGCUCACCUCCCCGCCGGUUGAGACUGUCGCCCACGAGAAUGCUACGCAAUUCCAACUCCAGCCCAAGCCGAUCGACCCGCUAGGCCAUCAGGAGGACCAGCUGCCUCAGACCACGGCACAGAGCGAAACAAGAUCGGAGUCUGCACUCGCCGGCGGUACAACCGCUUCGUCUGAUGUAACGGUCAACUCUGAGACAAUACAAACUACACCAUCCAAGGAUAUGACGGACACGAAUCACGCAUGCAAACAAUGUUCUAUAUUCAGAACGCGCGUCGAAUCUCUGGAGGCUAUGGCGGAGCAAACGGCAAAGGAACAGCAGGAGGAGAUACAUCGCUAUAUUGAGCAGUUAGAGGGUCUCCAGGCAAAAGUGCAAUUUUUGGCACGGGAUGCGACUGAUGCAGCUCGAAAGUCUUCUAUUGCAGCACCAGCAGGCAGUCAAGAGCGGAAGCUUGCCGAAAAAGACGAAAAGAUCGCUGUCCUUAUGGACGAGGGGAGGAACUUGGCUGCCAUUGAACAGAAACACCGGGCCAUCAUCAGGAAACUCAGGUCACAAAUAAAUGGCGACGAGAAGACCAUAGCGGAAUUGCGCGCUCGCCAUGACAAGCUAACGGUCGACGUGGACAAGUUACGUACCCGGGCCAGUCGUGUUGAUGAGCUCGAACAAUCGAACCAGGAUUUGCAGAUUAGAUCCAACGGCAUGCAGGACGAGUUGAACGCGUUGCGUGCCGAGGUGUCAGCCAACAAGACGGUAAUUCAGAGAUUGCGGGAUGAUCUACGAAAGGCCUCAGACCAGGCCCAUUCAACCAUUGAGAAGGCCACCAAAGAGGCGCUCACGGCAGAGAAACACCGUGUCAAGGACCUCGAAGACACUGUCGCUGCGCUGCAGGUGGAAAAGAGCUUGGUUGUCGACAGGGCAAAGGCUAACGCUGCCGAAGCAGAGGAAAGGGCGGCGCGUGCGGCUGAGCGCACCCGUGUCGUGGAGAUUGAAAUGAAGACGGAGCUCCAAGCAAUGGAAGGAAAGCUGGAAGCGAUGCGUGCGCUCGCGGAGGAGGCGUCGUCUGGAGCCAUGAGUGAUUCUCAGGCCAAGCUACUGCGCCAAGUGGAAACAUUACAGACACAACAUGCGAUUGCCGCGGAGAAUUGGCAAGGCAUCGAGGCAAGUCUGGUUGCUCGAGUCGGCAACCUUGAGCGCGAAAGGGAUGAUGCUCUGCGACGAGAGUCGGAAAUGAGGAAAAAGGCGAGAGAGACCGCGACACGAUGCAAGCGCCAGGACGAGGAGUUGCAGGAGUUGACGAGCAAGAUCCCCAAUCUUCAGCGAGAUGUUGAUGCAUAUCAAGCACGUAUAGAGGCACUGCAGAAGCGGGCAGAUAACGCCGAGGCAGCCUUGUUCCAGGCCAAGUCCGAGCUUGAAAAGCACCAGCAGAUGGGAUGGAGGGCCGAAAGGACAGAAUCCGACCGUCGACCUUGGCUAGAAGACCAUCUAUCUGGACCCGGUUCUAGAGUACAUAGUCGCCCAGACUCACCAUUGUUGUCUGUGCCCACACGCACCAUGAGUAACGACCUUCUCUUGCUACAGAGUGUGUCGGGCAAGAGUCGCAAGAUCCCAGUACCAACUAACGGAAUGGACGGCUUUCAAGAGGGCUCAUCAGUCGGAAGGAAAAUGUCGAGCCAACCUCCGGCAAGACCACUAAUGCUGCCCAGUGGUUCAAGUCUGCCCGUAGCACCUUCCAUCACAUCGCUCGAGUUGCCUCUUGACUCGCUGCCAACACCUACAUCGCAUGCGGGCGAGAAAGAUGACAUGUUUGAAGGUGUCGAGACUUCUUCGUCUCCUCGACAGAUGUUGCAAGAUAUGGUAUCAGUGUCGACGGUUGGCGCAGGCCCUUCGGUGCAGCUAGUGGAGAGGAUGAGCGCGGCCAUCCGUCGGCUGGAGGCGGAAAAGGUAACUUCGCGUGAGGAGUUGGCGCGAAUAUCUGGGCAAAGGGACGAAGCAAGGGCCGAAAUUGUGUCGCUGAUGAAGGAGUUAGAAUCCAACAAGACGGCGUCAAAACGCGUUGCUGAGCUGGAGGGUCUGGUUGAUGACUUGAAUUCGAGAUACCAGACGACACUAGAGUUACUUGGGGAGAAAAGCGAGCUAGUAGAGGAGUUGCGUGCAGACGUGCAGGAUGUCAAGGCCAUGUAUCGCGACCUGGUAGAGCGAACGGUGAGGUAA